AUGGCCAUGUUCGCGAAGUUGAAAGUUUUUUCGAUACUGUUUAUUGUACAUCAAUGUGUUGCCGUUUCAGAAUUGCCUUUUAUUACUGGCGUUCUUCCAAGUGAAUUUAAUGCUGUAAGUGAUGGGGUUAUUGAGGUGCCUGCCGACAAAACCCUUCACUUGUAUAUUUACGGUGGGAACUUCGAAAAUGUAAAGUAUCUUUCCUUUGCCACAACUAAAAAUGAAACUGGUGUUUCUUGUGAUACGCAUCGCGCAACAACAGCCUCUGAAGUACGCAACACGACGUCUUACUCAUUGGAAACGUCAGUGAGGCUUCGGAAACUUACGUCUUUCGAAUCUGCCUUUUACAUUUGUUUCAAACUUGUUAAGCCUAUCAUACAGAACAAUAAUUCAAUCAGUUGGGUUUUUGCUGCCCCCUCCAAUUCUACUGUGUUUGCUCUACGAACAGCGUCUACUAUCAUGCCAUUAUGGCUUCAGAUUAUCCUUAUCAUAGUCUUGUUCUUCUUGUCUGGCUUGUUCUCCGGCCUUAACUUGGGCUUAAUGGCAUUAGAUAAGACGGAGCUCAAGAUUAUUGAAACUGCUGGUGACCCAGAUGAAAAGCGCUAUGCAAAAGCAAUUCGUCCCAUCCGUGAGAAAGGCAAUUUGCUACUCUGCACUAUUUUGCUGGGCAACGUUACUGUAAACACCACGCUUACUAUACUAAUGGAUAACCUUACUGGAAGUGGAUUGUUUGCUGUUAUUGCCUCAACACUGGGUAUUACAACGUUUGGCGAGAUCCUCCCACAAGCUAUUUGCUCCCGCCAUGGCUUAGCAAUCGGUGCCAAAACUAUUUGGCUCACCAGAUUUUUCAUGGUCCUGACCUUCCCAAUCGCAUUUCCGAUUAGUUUCAUGUUGGACAAGAUGCUUGGGGAGGAUUUGGGUCAAGUGUAUAGCAAGGAGAAACUUGGUGUGCUACUGAUGGAACAACAAAAUGCCGGUCUUGUCGCGCCCGAUGAGAUGAAUAUAAUCGCCGGUGCCUUGAACAUGUCAACCAAAACGGUCGGCGACAUCAUGUCACCGUUAAGCGAUGCCUUUAUGCUGCCUAACACAGCCAUCUUGGACUUCGACACAAUGAACGAGAUCUUCUCUCACGGCUUCACUCGCAUCCCCGUAUACGAGGGCGAUCGGAAGAAUAUUAAGGCUAUUCUCAACGUCAAGGACCUCGGUUUCAUCAAUGCCGACGACAAGGUACCACUAGCUACUGUUUGCACAUUCUACAAUCGGUCGAUCGUUGUGGUACCUGAAACCACCAGUCUUGAGACUAUGCUCAAAGAAUUUCGACAGGGCAAAACACAUAUGGCCUUUGUGGAGCGUCUUGUAACCGGUGGGCAAGGCGACCCCUACCGAGAGAUGAUUGGCCUCGUGACUCUCGAGGAUGUCAUCGAGGAAAUAAUUCAGGCCGAGAUUGUCGACGAGACUGACAUCUUCACCGACAACACAAGGCGACAGCCGCGUGUUGUUAGAAAAACCGACUUCCGUGUAUUCAACACGUCGAACUCGGACAAGCCACGCCACCACCUAUCACCGCAACUCAAAAUUGCUGCUUUGCGUCACCUUGCUUCAAACGUGGAAACCUUCAAGGACGAAUACAUUGCUCUGUCGGUGCUGCAAAGUAUGCUCAACUCUAACGUCGUUAUUCACCACGUCUUUAAUUCCCGUGAUGAUAACGCCAACAUAAUUUACAAGGCCAGCCAGUGGGCAAAUUAUGCAGUUCUCAUUUUGCAGGGACGAGCGCUUGUCGAGACGAGCAAUGAGAAACUUCUCUUCGAGGCGGGACCUUUCAUGCUGUUUGGCGAAACCGUGCUGAAAUACGUGAACGACAUCUAUCCAGAGGUCUCUAGUCUCAAGGAUCCCGAGCUCCAGUCGGCCCAGCUCGCCGCAAGAGCACGCUUUUUGCCCGAUUACACUGUGCGAGCCGUGACCAACGUGGAAUAUCUUCGAAUCACUGCAGAGCACUACCUCUUGGCACGCCGACUCACCGUGUGGGUUACCCAGUUGCACCCUCAAGACCCGGAAGCAAUUUCACCGAGCCAACAGAACAUACUUGAUGAUGUGUUUGACGCCCAAUCGGCCAGUGAAGGUGUGGUUCAAAAAAUUAGGGUCGAACUUUUCAAACCUUUAGGUCUAGCCGCGAUGGAGCCACUUGGAGAAGGCUCCGAGCUGAAUCCAGGCAGUUAUGAUAUUGGUGGAGUUACCGACAAAAAUAAUCUGAAGCAACCCUCAUCGGUAGCUUUACGUGGGCACAAAGAUUCUUGCUUCGUGUCCGCGUUGCAAGGUGAGAGCCAGGAUUUCUUCCAAACGGCUUGGGAUCGUCAUAUUUCGCACCUUCGAGAGGCAACCCGCGCUUCCGUCCUGGCAUCGAUCGUUGACAUUGGCGGUAGUGGGUGUGCAUCGGCUGCUCGUCCGAAUUCACGUGCGACCACCUCCCCAGUAAUCAAUCGUCAGUCGAUCAUUGACGGGACCAGUUUUAAUGACUCAUCCUGUGAUUCGUACCCUGGUUCCCCUCCUGCGGACUCGCCCAGGAAACACAGUGACGGAGGCCUAAUGAAAAUCGAUGCUACGUCCCCUCGAUUUCCUAUGCGUUUCUCUAUACCCACAAAGUACAGUCACCCGCCUGCAACGCUGCGACCUGAUUUGAAGAUGGAAAAGAAAGGAGGACUGUCAGACAACGAGGAGACUGGUAAAGCCACCACUACUGAAGACUGA